AUGGCUGAAGAGAUCCAACCCCUCGUCGUCGACAAUGGAUCGGGUAUGUGCAAAGCUGGCUUCGCCGGUGACGACUCACCUCGAGCCGUCUUCCCCUCCAUCGUCGGUCGACCUCGCCAGCAAAGCAUCAUGGUCGGCAUGGGCAACAAGGACAGCUACGUCGGCGAUGAGGCCCAAUCCAAGAGAGGCAUCCUCUCCCUCAAAUACCCCAUCGAGCAUGGCAUCGUCACCAACUGGGAUGACAUGGAGAAGAUCUGGCAUCACACCUUCUACAAUGAACUCCGCGUUGCCCCAGAGGAACACCCAGUCCUACUGACUGAGGCCCCACUGAACCCCAAGGCCAACCGUGAGAAGAUGACCACCAUCAUGUUUGAGACCUUCAACUGCCCAGCCAUGUACGUUGCUAUUCAAGCCGUCCUGUCACUGUAUGCCUCUGGUCGCACCACCGGUAUUGUCCUGGACUCGGGUGAUGGCGUCAGCCACACUGUCCCCAUCUACGAGGGUUAUGCCCUACCCCACGCCAUCCUACGUCUUGAUCUGGCUGGUCGUGAUCUUACCGACUACCUCAUGAAGAUCCUCACAGAGCGUGGUUACAGUUUCACCACCACCGCCGAACGAGAAAUCGUCCGUGAUAUCAAGGAGAAGCUUUGUUACGUGGCACUCGACUUCGAGAACGAGAUGGCAACUGCGGCCUCAAGCUCUUCUCUCGAGAAGACCUACGAACUUCCCGAUGGUCAGGUGAUCACAGUGGGUAACGAGCGAUUCCGCUGUCCCGAGGCCCUCUUCCAACCCAGUUUCUUAGGUCAGGAGAGUGUGGGAAUUCAUGAGACCACCUACAACUCCAUCAUGAAGUGUGAUCUCGAUAUCAGGAAGGACCUGUACUCUAACAUUGUCCUGUCAGGCGGUUCAACCAUGUACCCGGGCAUUGCUGAUAGGAUGAACAAGGAGCUCACCUCGCUUGCCCCGUCAUCAAUGAAGAUUAAAAUCAUUGCUCCACCGGAGCGCAAGUACUCAGUUUGGAUCGGUGGUUCGAUUCUGGGCUCUCUGUCCACCUUCCAGCAGAUGUGGAUCACGAAGCAGGAGUAUGACGAAUCCGGUCCACAAAUCGUUCACCGCAAAUGCUUCUAA